AUGCGAUUGCCUGGCCCUAUCGCCAAACGGCUCUGCUCCUCCUCUUGUCUGGCGGCAAUCGCAAACUGCGGCACAGGCCGCGUUGGCGCAGAGGAGGCGGCAAGCCGCAACGCGCCUACCCGUGGCAUACCGCCGGAUCGGGCCAAGACUAAGGCUGCAGGCGUCGGCCCCGGCUGCUGCGAGGGCCCUCCCGGUGAGGUGCACCCAACGUGGUCCGAGUACCUGCGAGCGCUCGCUCCCGCGGUCGGCGAGGCGUCGGCAGGCCGGCUGAUUGGCGAGGCGUCGCCAGUCACCUUCCACUUUGUGUGGGUCCAUCAAGAAAAGUUCAACACGGCGUACGUCGAGGCGAUGGGCGGCUUCUGGCGCGAGUGCAACGGCAGGAGCGCCGCGGCCAAGCUCGCGCUGCCACACCGCGAGUGCAUGAGGCGGAGGAUGCCCGAGGCGCGCGCGGCCGAGGCGGCGGUCGCGAGGCGCGCGGGCCUCCGCUUGCAGCCGCCGACCCUGAUGCGGGCGGUGUACGGCUCCUUCGAGCCACGGCUCGUCCUCCUCCUGCGGCGGCCAGCCGAGCGGAUGCACGCCGCCUUUUACAACUACGUCCACUACCGCAGGAGGUACGCAGAGCUCGGCUCUGACUCGGCAGGCGAGCUGGCGUGGGCCAACGAGUCGGUCUCCGCCUUUGAGCGCUGCACGGCCCGCUUCGGUGCCGAGGACUGCGCGCUGUGCUUCGAGUCGCUCACGCGCGAGAACGAGGAGACCUUUUACCACGCGGACCAGCUGAUCAAAGGGCUGUACGCCCUGUUCCUGCCGCACUGGCGGAGGGAGUUCGCACACCUGCUGCCGCUCCGCUCCGAGGAGUACUUUGCCUCGCCGCGAGCCGUCCUCGGGCGGGUGCUCCCCUUCCUGGGGCUACCGCUGCCCGCUAGCGAGCGAGAGUGGGGGCCACUGCUGGACGGGCCACGCGUGCUUCACGGCACCCGGCCGGGCGGCGGCAAGCCUCCCCUCCCGGCCGCCGUCGCGCAACUACUCCACCGCUUCUACCUCCCCUUCCAGCUCGCCCUGGUCGAGCAGCUGCGGGCCCACUGCGACGCGGCCGAGCUCGUCGAGUGGAGGUCGUGGGCGAUGGGGACCGCCGUGAGGGCGGCCGGCGUCGAUCGCGCUCGUGGCGCCGAGCCGUCGGAUGUCGAGCUGCUCUGA